GGGGUUCGUCAGUAUGCGGAAAAAGAAACUACGCCAAAAUAAAUCUCGUACGACUACCGGUAGUACGAGUAUUAGUACGUAUGAGUAGAGUAGGGGUAUGUAACCAGAACCUCUGCCUGUACAGAACGUAAUGGUACGUACCCUACGAACGUCCACAAAAAUCAAAAAUGCUUCUGACUUCUGAUGGGACGGGUGAUGGGCAAAACCAGAAAGAGUGAGUCCGGUGCAUCGAAGCCAAAAGUUAGUUCAUGUACCGGACGGUAUGCUGCAAUAAACUGGCCGACACAAUACAAUUGAUUCCGAAACAAUUUGCUUGCUUCCGAUUCAAUCGAAUUCCGCCCUAGACGCACCGUACGUACAACAUAAUAUCACACUUUCAACCAUGCUGAGCUCGUCUUUGACGGCGGUGUCCCGGAGGGUAUCCUCUCGCGUGGCGACGGGGGGAUCCCCUAUGGCGUCGACAGCCACGGCGACCGUAUCGACGGUGUCCGCUAUGUGCGAAAGGAUUCAGAACAGCGGCAACAUUUCCUGCCACCUGAGGUCUUCUCGCCGUUGCCCCCAACGCCAACGACAGAGUGGUCGUCGGUGUYUUGGAACCUCUGGGAAAAACAAAAAGCGAGCGAUGAUGCGGCAGAAAAAACUAAACCCAUCSUCCACGUCUACAUCCACGCUGUCAUCGGCGUCGAUAGACAGUGGCGAACAGCCCACGAAUUAUGGCGACGAAUACCUUUCUUCCUCGCGGAUUAUUUCCGAUCCAGCGAUAACAACUUCCAGCGGAACCUUCGAUCGCACCGCGGGAUUGUCAAAACUACAACUUCGGCCCAGUCUCGACGACUACUUGGAAAAAUACGGGCUCGACGCCGAAAGCCACCACAACAGCAGCAGUAGUGUCAAUGCYAACAUSAGUACCACUGCUCCGACCUGGGAAUCCAACAAGGGGAUGCUGCCUCCACCCUCGUUGGGCGGAACCAACGCCGCCAGCGGUAGCCGGCUGCUCCGGAGCAGCAGCACCCUGGCCACGGGGGAACGACAGAAUCGCAACGUCCUCAACGACGCCGACGACGACGGCUUUCUCGUCGACCGGGAUUCCAUGUUCGAUCCGAGCAUACACCUGCCGCAUGCCCCGAAAGACUGGAAGGGAUACGAGCCCUCCACACCCCUGUCCGAAUUCCUCAUGCAGCGAAUCGGGGUUUCGGGGCAGCCCAUUUCGACCGCCGAGUACAUGCGCCACGCACUGACGCAUCCGCUCUACGGAUACUACACGGCGAAGGACCGCCARGAAGAAACUGCAGACGACUGGGACGACGACUACAGCGACGACGACGAUGCCGAAAAAGGKCCCGCGCARGGCCGCUCGAGCAUUUUCGGCCGCGGGGGAGACUUUGUAACGGCACCRGAGCUCUCGAGUGUCUUUGGCCACUCGCUCUGCGUUUGGUUUAUGACYCUGUGGCAACAGGAACCCAUGGGAAAACCGCAAGACAUUCAGUUCGUGGAGCUCGGGCCCGGCAGGGGGACGCUCAUGGCAGAUUUGCUGGAACUCGCGCACUCGUCGAAACUCAUGGAUUUCGGGCAGGCGAUYCGGACCGUGCAUCUAGUGGAAGCCUCGCACGAGCUGAGGCRCGAACAAAGGUCAACGCUUACGAAGGCCCUGAGCCACCUGAUCCGRCUGGAAUUCGCCGAAGACGACGGAGGUGAAAGCGAACCAAGCAGCGAGGGUGCAAGCGAGGACUCAUCGAAGGACAACAGUACUAGUACCAACRACGACGGCAAGACGUUCGUCAAUACGAUUCGGAUCGAGUGGCACGACGACUUUUCGUCCUUCCAGUCCAAACGCGAUAAAAGYAUGCCAACCAUGGUACUGAUGCAGGAGUUUCUGGACGCACUGCCCGUCCAUCAAUUUCAGAAAACAGAAGAUGGCUGGCGUGAACGGAUGAUCGAUGUAGUGUCGGUCGACGAGACCAACGAAGCGGGGGUUCCCRUUCCAAAGACACAGGCAUCGAAUCAAAACAACAGCGAUGGAGAGGACGGCCCGCAACUCAUUCCUCGUCUGCGACAGGUCUUGGCUCCCAAUAUUMCCCCCGCCGUAGAUCUGUUGCUGUCCUCCAGCUACGACCAAUACGCCCAUUUCCCCGAWGGAACCGUGGUCGAAAUCUGUCCGGACGGUCUCUUCUUGAUUCAAGAUGUUGCCAAGRUUCUGGAAGAGAGCCAGGGAGCAGCACUGAUCAUCGACUACGGAGAAGAAGGGACGACRGAUACCUUGCGUGCCUUUUCCCGUCACCAACAGGUACCGCUGACCUCACGACCCGGACAGGUAGAUGUCACCGCCGAYGUGGAUUUCUUUGCGAUCAAAAAUUGCCUCUCCGUGGAUGCCUUUAAGAAAAACAAGGGUCAUUCUUCCACCGAAAAUACCGAUGUCGAUGUAAACGAAACGGUGCCGUCCUCGAUCCACGCCUUCGGUCCGGUUCCACAGGGCGAAUUUCUGAUGAAAAUGGGAGCGGGGGAACUCACCAUGAACGCCAUCGAAAAGGACGAGACGACAGAGGAACAAGCACAGGCGCUAGCGGAUGCCCUCAAGUACCUGGUGAUGCCCGAACACAUGGGGCAGAAAUUUAAGGUCCUCGCCUUGUCUCGAAAACGAGACGGACUUUUUGGACCGGCUGGAAUGGAAUAAAUUUAAGCUAAACAAUAGGAGAUAAUAUGCUUGAAAUCAAAUCGRCCAAACAAC